AUGUUUGAAGAUGAAGGAAAGCAUGAAUUGUUGAAAGGUGAUUUAGAUGGUAUAACGAUCAAGCAGGAAGAAGUACAAAUCGGUUGGAUGACAGAAGCAAAAGAUUGGGCUGGCGAAUUAAUAUCAGGACAAAGUAUGACAGGCCGAAUUUUGGUCGUAUUAGUAUUUGUUCUAUCUAUUGGUUCUCUUAUUAUCUACUUUUAUGAUGCCUCACAUCCAAAUUUUCAAGUCGAAACAUGUGUAUCAUGGUCCGACAGUCCAUCACAACAAAUCGAUCUCGGCUUCAAUAUUUUCUUCCUCAUUUAUUUUUUUAUAAGAUUUAUUGCUGCUUCUGAUAAAGUAUGGUUUUUGUUGGAAGUUUAUAGUUUCAUCGAUUAUUUCACAAUACCACCAAGUUUUGUUGCCAUAUAUUUAGAAAGAAAUUGGUUAGGUUUACGUUUUUUGCGUGCAUUACGAUUAAUGACCGUACCAGAUAUUUUACAAUACUUGAAUGUGCUGAAGACAUCAUCAUCAAUACGUCUCACUCAACUUCUUUCAAUUUUUAUAUCUGUCUGCUUAACAGGAGCUGGAUUUGUUCAUGUACUUGAAAAUAGUGGUGAUCCGUUCAAAAAUUUCGCCAAUACACAUCGAAUAACUUAUUGGGAUUGUGUUUAUUUCCUACUAGUCACAAUGUCCACUGUUGGUUACGGUGAUAUCUACUGUACAACAUUUUUGGGAAGAUUAUUCAUGGUGUUCUUCAUUCUUGGUGGAUUGGCAAUGUUUGCUAGUUAUAUACCAGAAAUAGCGGAUUUGAUUGGAUCAAGGCAAAAAUACGGAGGUGAAUAUAAAGGCGAGCAUGGCAAAAAGCAUAUUGUAGUCUGUGGUUAUAUAACUUAUGAAUCAGUUAGUCAUUUUUUGCAAGAUUUUCUUCACGAAGAUCGAGAAGAUGUUGACGUUGAAGUGGUAUUCUUGCACAGAGUUCCACCAGAUCUUGAAUUAGAAGGUCUUUUCAAGCGACAUUUUACAAAGGUUGAAUUUUUCAGUGGAACAGUUAUGGAUUCAAUUGAUCUUUCUCGUGUAAAAGUUGAUGAAGCAGAUGCAUGCUUAGUUCUUGCUAAUAAAUAUAGCAGUGAUCCAGAUGCAGAAGAUGCUGCAAAUAUUAUGCGUGUUAUUUCCAUUAAAAAUUAUAGCGCCGAUAUACGUGUUAUUGUACAGUUAAUGCAAUAUCAUAAUAAGGCUUAUUUAUUGAACAUUCCUUCAUGGGAUUGGCGUCGUGGUGAUGAUGUUAUUUGUUUGGCCGAACUCAAGCUUGGAUUUAUUGCUCAGUCAUGUCUUGCACCUGGCUUUUCAACAAUGAUGGCUAAUUUAUUUGCGAUGCGUUCCUUCAAAACGUCCCGCAAUACUCCGGACUGGUUAAAUUUAUACCUAUGUGGUGCAGGCAUGGAAAUGUACACAGAUACAUUAUCACAUGGUUUCGUAGGGAUGACAUUUCCGGAAGCAGCUGAGUAA